AUGGCCAUCUCUUCGGAAGACGACAUUGCCACAACUGUUCGGUCGGCUGAGGGUUCACCCCUCGGCCAACUAUCUGUCGCCUCUCUUUCUCCGUGGUUGUACUCUAGGGCUGGGGCUUACGAACGGCUUGAUCGGACUCUUCGCAACGCCGACACACCUCUUCAUCGUGCGCUCCCACCAGAGAUCCUCUCAGAGAUCUUCGUCUAUCACGCCACCGCAGGAAAGGGUCGCCCGAUCGCUCUUGCACACGUAUGCCAGUACUGGAGACAAAUCGCCCUUUCAAGCCCGCGCUUUUGGGCUGCUCUCGCACUAUCCCCCUCCGGACCUUUCCUCGAUCUUACUCUCUGGGACGAUUUUACCGACACAGCGCGGACAGCCCGCAGAGAGUACGCCACUGCGGUGCUCCAGCUCUCCAAAGCCGUACCCCUAUCCCUCGACAUACGGGGAAUUCCUCGGACUAUCGGAGACGUACUAGCGCCGCAUACAGGUCGGAUCAGAGUUCUACGCAGCAAGGUCUCCAAGGCGUAUCUUCCCGUCCUUCACACCCUCCCACACAUCCCAGUGGAUUUCUUCCUCUAUGUCAGUCGUCCGACGUUGCGCACCGCCUACAUCACCAGACCGCUGCAAAAGCUGCCAGUCAUUCCACAUCCUCCGGACCAGCCGUUCUUCGUUUCAUCCCCCCUUCCCAUCUUGAUUCGCCCUGGCGCCGCGCUGGUCGACGCGCUCAGAGGCUGCCCGGAGCUGCGCCACGUCUCAUUCCAUUUCACAGGCUCACUGCGCGGGACGCUCAAUGGCAUCAAGAACGACCAAGCGGCCCGCGCUGCGUGGAGGAGCAGCACGCAGGUCUCCUUGAAAUCCCUGCAAAGCCUCUGCAUCCACGUCGGGCGCACCACAUGCACCAUCCCCACCUUCCUGCAGCUCUUCUCAGUCUCGGACCUGCCCUUCAUCCGCCUCGAGCUCGACGUCGAUCCCGUUGAAGACACCGUAUGGGAAGACCUCCUCGAGUGCAAGGCUCUUGCGCCGCGCCUUCGCCUCGUCACCCAAGCGUAUCUAUGGCCGGUGCUGAAGAAGGGGCAGGAGCGGACCAUCGAGGCGCUCGCCGUGACCUGCAUCGACGACAAGUCCAGGCAGAUCCUCGACGUCAUCCAGACCGGCGACAAGUACUGCCCGCUCCCGCUCAGGAGGCUCAAGGGACUGGCGUCCGUGCUCUGCGCGCAGUCCGCCCUCGUCCAGCUGUCGAUAUGCCUCCACGACCGUUUCUACUCCGACGCCUCCCACUACCACAACCUCCUCCGCAUGUUCCCGUCCAUCCAGGAGCUGGUCGUGAGCGGCCCCUGGGCGCCCGCGGUGCUCAGAGCGCUCCGCACGAUGGAGGACAAGCUCCCGCCCUGCCCGAAGCUGCGCACGCUCCGCGUCCACUUCGCCGUGACGUCGUCGCCCGGGUUCGAAGGGCACGCGCUCUGGAAGGCGCUCGCGGGAAAACCCGACGGGUGGACGGACGUGCUCCGCGCGACGCUGGUCGCGCACCGCGACGCGCUCGCGGAGACGCUCUUCUGGCGCGCCGCGGCGGGCGCCCGCCUCGAGGACGUGCAGUGGGGCGAGCGCGCGUGGGACCCGCGGAGCACGUACGGCAGCAGGCGCGAGGGGACAGUUCGGACGGCCACGGUGAACCCUUCCUUUAUCGACUUCUCCGGGCUGCAGGGGCUGUCCCACCACCACCACCGCGAGGCCACGGCCGCCUCGCUCCAGAGGCCGAAACACACGACUCGAGUAGCACUCUCCCGGCGCUCAGAGGCCGCGGAGGAGCUGGCGAAUCUGGCGGGCGGAGCGGAGGUCAUGUAUGGUACCCUCCGCACUCACCCCACUCUCGCAUCCGCACCCACUGCCCCCUUCGCUACCCACUCACCCCGUUCGACUGCGCACGGCUAG